AUGGAGUACCUGUCAAAAAAAUGUUUUGUACACAGAGACCUGGCAGCUAGGAAUAUACUAGUGACUGAACAGGGUAUUUGUAAGAUUGCAGACUUUGGUAUGUCCAGAGAUUUACAAGAUGAAAACUAUUAUAUCUCACAUGCUAAAAUUCCCAUUAAAUGGACAGCUCCUGAAGCCUUACAUUUCAAACGAUACUCCACUGCUAGUGAUGUAUAGUUUGGUGCAGUACUCUAUGAGAUAUGGAGUCUAGGACAUAAACCAUUUGAGAGUUAUAGCAAUCAAGAGUAUAUGAGGUUAAUAGAUUCUGGUUAUCGUCUUCCUCCUCCUCCUGGUUGUCCCAGACCUAUCUAUAAGAUGAUGAUACAAUGUUGGUAA